ACAACAUAGACACGGAGAAUCCUUGGACCACACUGGUUAACAUGAAUACUUUUAAAGAUCUCCAUGAGGAGCCUUCUUUGUUACAAGCUAUAUUUCAUGGAAAUGUGGAAGUAGUUCGUACGUUGCUGUCGCAAAAAGAGGAUGUUAAUUGGCAAGACAAGGAGCAGCGUUCCCUUUUACAUGCAGCAGCAUAUAGAGGAGACACUGCUAUUGUAGAACUUCUCUUGUUAAACGGUGCAGCAGUCAACAGCAAAGAUAAAAAGUGGUUGACUCCUUUGCACCGAGCCUGCUGUUCGGGAAAUUACAACGUAGUUGACGUUUUGUUGAGAUACAAAGCGGACGUAAAUGCUCGAGAUCGUAGUUGGCAGACGCCUCUUCAUGUAGCAGCUGCAAAUAACGCUGUGCAAUGCAUAGAACUUUUAAUGCCACAUUUGUUAAAUAUCAAUGUCUCAGACAGAGGCGGGAAAACAUGUCUUCAUCAUGCGGUGUAUAACGGACAUCUUGAAAUGUGCGAAUAUUUAAUGCAAUUUGGUUGCGCGAUAAAUGCCUCCGACAAGAAAGACCGAAGGGCUUUGCAUUUUGCGGCGUACAAAAGCCACAAUGAAAUUGUGAAAGCGCUAAUAGCCAAAGGCGUUGAAGUGGAUGUUAAAGAUCGAGAUUUAUAUACUCCGUUACAUGCAGCAGCUGCUUCUGGUAAUGUAGAAUGUGUACACAUUUUAAUCAAAGCUGGAGGUGAUAUCGAGGCCAAGAACGUGUACGGAAAUACACCGUUACAUAUCGCAUGUUUAAACGGAUGUCCGCUCGUGAUUAAGGAACUUAUAGCUAAUCGCGUUAAUUUAGAGGCCGUAAAUUAUCGAGGGCAGACAGCGUUACACGUUGCUGCUGCCAGUGUACAUGGUGUUCACUGUUUCAAGAUGCUGAUCUACAAUGGGCUAAAGGUCAACGUUCAGUCGGAAGACGGUCGUACACCUUUGCACAUGACUGCGAUCCACGGAAGAUUUACGAGAUCCAAAACAUUGCUAGAUGCAGGAGCUUUUCCAGACGCGAGAGAUAAAAAUGGAAAUACAGCAUUGCAUAUUGCCGCCUGGUUUGGCUUCGAGUGUUUGACGACAUCUCUAUUGGAAAGCGCUGCAUCUCCAGCUACACGCAAUGCACAGCAACGUACACCUUUGCAUCUGAGUUGCCUAGCGGGACAUAUAGAAGUCUGUAGAAAAUUAUUGCAACUCGAUAGCAGGCGAAUUGACGCGCGAGAUAUCGGUGGCAGGACAGCUUUACAUUUGGCAGCAUUUAAGGGUUCGGUAGACUGCUUGGAUUUGCUGUUGUCUAGCGGUGCCAAUUUUCGUCUUGUCGACAACGACAAUCGAUUGGCUCUUCAUCAUGCUGCAUGUCAAGGACACUACCCUUGCGUCUUCACUCUGGUUGGAUUCGGUAGCGAUUCGAACGCUCAAGACGUGAAUGGCGCAACGCCGUUACACCUGGCUGCAGCAGCAUCGAAUUCUAAUGCUCAAUCUUUCAAGUGCGUACAAUACUUGCUGCAGCAUCGAGCAGAUCCGCGUUUACGUGACAAACGCGGUUUUACUGCGAUCCAUUACGCGGUGGCUGGUGGCAACAAAGCGGCACUAGAAGCGCUUCUGAAUGCGUCAUCGUCGCCUUCAAAUUUGACCACUUCACUCAAUUCUUCGACCGGUCAAGAACCAUCCCUGCCGGCACUCACUCCGAUACAUCUCGCGGCAUAUCACGGUCACGAUGAGAUCUUGCAGCUGCUUUUGCCCUUGUUCCCUAAUACGAAUAUCAAAGAAGAUAGCGGAAAGACGCCGUUAGACUUGGCUGCCUACAAGGGGCACAAACAGUGCAUCAUACUUCUGUUGCGAUUUGGCGCUUCCGUGGCAGUGCAGGAUUCUGUUACGAAACGCACACCUGUGCAUUGUGCCGCUGCCACAGGUCAUGCGGAUUGCCUGGCUCUUCUUCUGCAGAACAUGGAUGAUCCCAACGUGGUAAAUUGUUACGACUCCAAACAACGCACUGCUUUGACGCUGGCGGUAGCGAACAACUUUCCGGAGUGUGCGAUGCUAUUGUUAACAUACAAGGCCGACUGCAAUUUGCCGGAUGUCAAUAAGCACACGCCAUUAUUUCGCGCUGUGAUCAACGAACGCGAUAAUCAGCUAGUGAAACUUUUAUUGAAGCAUGGCGCUCAAGUAGCUGUGCAAGAUGUGAAUGGUAAAACUCCGUUACAUUUAGCAUCGGCUUGUGGCAGAUUGUACGCUUUAGCUGCACUCGUUAAAGCCGAUCCAACUGCAGCGGCUUUGAAGGAUGAUCAAGGCUGCACGGUGCUCCACUGGGCUUGUUAUAAUGGCAAUUCGAAUUGUGUGGAAUAUCUUUUGAAUCAUAACGUGUUCGAUUCCUUGGAAGGUAAUCCAUUUUCUGCCGUACAUUGCGCUGUAUAUCAGGGAUCUGCGCAUUGUCUAGACUUGCUGAUCAACAAAUUUGGCGGCCAAGCGGUUGCUGCUCCAAGAGAUUCAUCGUGUGGUUUAUUACCAUUGCAUAUCGCGGCAAGCGCAGGAUCCGUUGAGUGCGCGCGAUUAAUUCUGAAUUCCGUCGGGCCGGAAUUAGCCGGUCUUGAGACGACCGAUUAUUUCGGACGGACGCCACUUCUUUGUGCGGCUGUCAAUGGACAGUGUAACGCUAUCGAAUUAUUGCUCGAAUGGAAAGCCGACGUGCGCGCUAUUGACUCCAAUAAGAAUACGGCACUGCACUUAGCGUGCCAGAGACGUCAUUCCGCCGCAGCGUCGUUGCUUCUAAACUGGAUUGAAUCACUCGGUAACUCUGGUAACUCUGAUUCCGAUAAGAACACGUCACAAUUGCAGCGCGUUUCUGUCAUUAACAUGAUCAACAAGCAGCAAAGAACGCCGUUGCAUCUGGCGGCGAGAAAUGGUCUCGUGACGAUUACGCGACGAUUAUUGCAAUUGGGCGCAAGUGUUAUAGCUGUCGAUGCUGAUGGGCUCACGCCCGCAUUAGCCUGUGCUCCAAAUCCGGCAGUGGCCAAGUGUUUAGCGACUAUCCUUUCCGCGCAGGGUCAAAACGGGGAAACCACGCAAUACUCGCCGGCUAUUCAGCACACGUUGGAGGUAUACCUGAACGGCGUGGACUCGCAACACAGCUCCGACUCGGAGUUUUACUGACAACGAGUGUCGACACGCUCGAACCGCCAAAUGUUCCGAGCGAGAAUGAAUGUCGGCUCGAGACGCGGCUACAUUGAUGCCGCUAGACUGAUCUUGAUGAGCUGCUGGCUCUUUUCCGUUCUAGUAUAAUUAACUCUGACGUGACGGGUGAGGUUGCCAUAUAGGCGGAUCUUCCAUGGUGCCGCGUCAAUCAUGACAAUACUGGUGUCUGUGCUAUCGAGAAACUCGAUAGAGCAGCUAAUCGACUGCCAAGAGGGAUAUGGAUGUACGUAAACAAUGUAAGUUAAUCAGUUACUUAAUAAUAGUCGAUAAACUUAGGUAUACUUAGAAAAUGAUCGAACUGUACAGAGUAUUCAAAGUCAACUUUCUGUUUGUGUAAUUAGGCAUUCACGAGGUAUAAUAUUGUCUUAUAAAAAUCCAGUGUUAUAAUUUCAUUUUAAAAUCUGUCAAUUAGAAAGAAUGUAUGAUGAUAUUUAUGUGCGUAUAUCAUCUGAUAUCGAUCGUAUUAUGUUGUAUGAUUAACGAUCGGUAGAAUGAUUAAUGCGCUAAAUUGAGAUGACGCCCGCACGAAAUCCGGGUUUGAAUCCCGGCUGAAGUAGUAUUUUUCGCAAUAAAUUAUUUAUAUAUAGUGUUUUUAA